AUGUCUUUCAUUCAUAUCUAUUUUAUCCUUCUUUUGCUUUUCCCAUUCGUUAAUCUUACUGUUACAGAUCGUGAUAAUGACGUUUAUUUCGAGGUCAUAGAGCCAUCUGAAAUCAAUUACACAUUUCGAUGUCGUUUAGCCGAAAACAUUGGAACGAGCUUUAAAACUGUGUUGAAAAACAUCUAUCUUAUACCAACUCAACCAUUGGGAGCCUGUAGUCGCUUACAAAACCGUUUUGAAUUACAAGGAAAUAUCGCUCUGAUCGAACGCGGUGAAUGUUCAUUUGUAACUAAAAUUAUCAAUGCACAAGAUACUGGUGCUCUUGGUGUGAUUGUCAUGGAUAAUGAUCGAACAGCAGACGAUCGUUUUGUUGAUAUGAUCGAUGAUUCAACGCAACGGAAUGUGCAAAUUCCAGCAAUGUUUUUGCAAUAUCGAGAUGGACAUUUGAUUUUGAAUUCUAUUGAAAACAAUCAUGUGAUUGGUGCUCGAAUUAAUAUUCCAUUAAAUUUAACUUACAACGAGAUUCUACAAGUCCAUCGAGCCCCUGGAUCUUAUUGGCUUUAA